AUGCUAUGGCGGGGAAGAUUGCAUUUCCGCCAAUACAUAAAAAAUAAAAAACACAAAUAUGGUAUCAAACUGUAUGAACUAUGUGAGUCCGACGGUCUUGUAAUGAAAAUAAAGAUUUACUGCGGAAAAUCUGAGGAAACUGCCAAUAAUGUAGGUCACACUACUGACGUUGUUUUACAUUUACUAGAGGACUAUCUCGAUAAAGGAUACACGGUUUACAUGGAUAAUUUUUAUAAUUCUAUUACUCUUACAAAACUGCUAAAUACACGAAAAACUUAUGUGUGUGGAACCCUACGAAAUAACAGAAAAGGAAACCCCGAAGAUGUGAUAAAUCGUAAACUAAAAAAAGAGGAGUGUAUUUGGCAGCAAAAUGGUCCUGUUACUGUAUGCAAAUGGAAAGACAAACGAGAUGUCCUUAGCAUUUCUAAUAUGCAUGCUGUUGAAAUGGUAGAGGUGUCCAAUCGCAAUGGAAAAAUUUCUAUGAAACCGAAUAUAAUUCGAGAUUACAAUAAUGGAAUGUCUGGCAUUGACCGAUCAGAUUAA